AUGACCGCCUUACAUUGGGCGGCUGUUGAGGGCAUGGUUCAUGCUGUUGAUUUCCUUAUCGACAAGGGACUAGAUGUUGACCAGAGAUGCAAAAGGGGAAAAACUGCUCUUGUUCUUGCCGCAGAGAACGGACACACGACGAUGGUAGAGUUGUUGAUUGAAAAGGGUGCAGACGUCAACGCGUUGAGCACCGAACCGAGAAAGUCCACCCCGGCCGUAUGGGCAGCAGUCUUAGGAUAUGACAAAGUACUCAAGACACUGAUAAAACACGGAGCGGAUCUUUCAGUUACCUCGAAUGAUGGGCAACUGUCUCACUAA